CAACUGAGCAAAGGGCUGUAGCUGAUGAAAGCUAGUGCAGUCUCAGUUGAAGAGGAAAGGAGUUUCAGUAAACCGGAGAAACUAAAAGGACAUAUUUCAGCAAACGAUGCUCUGUGUGAGGUGAUUUCGGGAACCUUUGAGGCUUCACAACCAUGGAAGAACCCGUCUCAAGUAUUCAAUCAGCAGAUUUCAAAUCCCUCUCAGCGUGCGAGCUGUUGAUUCUGCACACGGCCGAGGCGCAGGAGUGGGCCAUAUAUUUACAGCAGAUCUUGAAAUCUUCUAGGAAAUUCCGCAAAAGUUCUAUUUUGCUGUACGCAGUCAGCCCAGCCGCUCAGCUCCAUGGAUAUAACUUUGACUACUUCCAAAGUUGCAAGUGCAUUGUGCUGCUGCUCACAACAGCAUUCCUGGACAUGAUCUGUGAACCUGAACUGCAGGGAGCACUUCAUAGACUCCUUUAUCCGCCGCACAGAGUAGUGGUGCUGCUGUGCGGCAUCGCAGAGGAUGACAUACUGACAGAGAGUUUCGAAGACUGGCAGAGCUGGAGAAAACUCUCCGCUGAUGACGAGCCUGCUGUCUAUGUCACCACCAUUUUGGAGUCCAUCACUGACAAUAGACGCGUGGAGGAAGAAUAUCAGAGUGAAGUUGCAGCCACAGCAGAGUUGUACAUCCCACCUUCCUCUUCAACUGAAAAUCCCACCGCUGAUGAAACAGAGGAAGUGGUUUCUGAAGUGCAGAAAGUACCUGUCCUACAGGAUGAAGAGGAACCUGAGACCACGGAAAAUUCCACAAGGGAGGAAAUUAGCACGCCUCCGCACCUCCCGUGUCUCACUGUUCAACCCAACAGAGUCCUCUGUGGGGAGCGAGAGACACUGUUCAUCAUUUUCACGCAGAAAGUAGACGAUCAGUUGGCACCAGAGGUGGAGUUUUCAUCUGGAGGUGUAGCUGUAAAAAGGGUCCCAGGCACUGUGGAGAAUGAAUACACUAUCAGUGUUGCUGCACCUGAUAUGCCUGCUGGAGUGGUAUCACUCCGCAUGCACACGGACCAUUCCUCCAUCAGCUUGACGCCUGUGACAUAUUAUACCAAUAUGGGUGAGGUCAGUCGGUAUAUUGAAAAUGCCACAGAUCCUGUUAACUUCAUCUGCCAGGCCUUCAACUUGACGUCCAAUGCAACAGAAACCCUAGACAGCAUGCUAACUGACUCCUUAAAAUCCAAAAUGCCUGCUACUAGUCUUCAGCUGUUUGGAAUUAGACAAAUUGAAGAAGAAAAUAUGGCAGCAUAUCAGCGUAAUGAGGAGCUUCCCACGCUGCUCCACUUUGCUGCUAAGUACGGUCUGAAGAAGCUGACCACCAUUCUCCUUCAAUGUCCUGGAGCUCUCCAGGCUUACAGCGUAAUGAAUAAGUAUGGAGACUACCCAAACACGCUGGCAGAGAAGAGUGGAUUCUCUGAUCUUCGACAGUUCAUGGAUGAAUUUGUUGAGACAGCCGACAUGCUCAAGUCUCACCUUGAAGACACCGUCAACACAGAGGAGAGUGCAGAGGUGUAUGAACUCAUGUCAGCGACAUCUCAAGGUAUCAUGAUGAAGUACUCGGGCUGUUCAGAGGAUAUAUACGAGUCGAUGCUCGGGAUCGACCCUGAAUGUGCAGAGGACCUAUAUGAGGUGAUGACUGCAGUAGACGAGAAUCCUGAGGAAGCCAUGCUUCGAAAGUUUUUCCAAGCAAAACCUCACAACAAUGCAGUCCAGGACUACAAUGAGGACCGCAAAAAUGAAGAAGAGACAAAAGAUGAUCACAAUGACUUGGAUCAAAUUGAUGAAGAGGAGGAUCCAUACAACCUCCUUCCAGAGGAUAUCUAUGAUAUUGUGGAUGCAAAUAGUAGCCUUAUCCCAUUAAUACAGAACCGUCCACCAGCCCCCAUCCCCAGAUCUGAGUUCAAGCCUGAGCCUGAAAGGCCUAUGACCUAUAUCUCUAGAGUAUUUUCAGAUAAAGGCACGUCCCAGAGUAGUAUGAUGGAGAUGGGAUACCCUGCAGCUCGGCCUGCGACAGAGGCUCCGACACCUGCUCAUGACCCCUAUGCUGGGAUGAAGACCCCUGGACAGAGGCAGCUCAUAUCUCUGCAGGAGAGAGUGAAAGUGGGGGAGAUUACUGUGGAUGAGGCCGUCCAAGAGUUCAAGGCCUGGCAGUUUGACCAUGAGCGGAGGGCGAAUUCCAUACGCUAUCAGCAGGAAAAUUUGAAGAAAUUACGAGACAGCAUCACCAGGCGUCACAAAGAGAGAGAGAAGACAGGAAAGGAGCUUGAAUAUGAGAUAAGUGCUCCGCUGCAGAGGAACUUGUACUGGGGCUCAAGUGUGACAUUAGAGUGUGCCGUGUAUGAGUCUGGGCCCAGAGUGGUGGCUCCACCCCCUCCUGUGGCUCAGGUUAUCCAGAGAGGAAGCUGGAAGACAGGUAGCACGUCCAGCACAUCUAGCACGGAAAGCAACAGGCUCAGCUCUCACAGCGCCUUUAGUUAUAGCAGCGGGACAGAGCCCGACUUUGAGGACACAAUAGAAAAUCUUCCUCCUCCACCACGACCUCCGCGGCCGUGUGAUUCUGCACCCGACAUUCCUCCACCCAGGGUUCCUCCACGGAUCCCAGAAAGGGUGCCAGAGAAGAUGCUUAAUGAGCGCUACAUAGCCUACCCCACUCGAGCACUUCCUCAAAGACCUACUCACAGACAAACAACCUCAGCACCCCCCAUACCUCGGCGCCUGCGGUGAUCCACACACAUCUACUUUUGCUAAAGUUGAGUUAUUUAAGAGGGACGGAUGUGUUGGACAGAAGGUGUGUUCUUCUAUAAACAACCAUUAGGAUUUAACAAAAUGAAGAAACAUGGAGAGACAGUUGUUUGUUUUUGCUUUUAUUAAUUGUAUGCAUGAGUUAGUACUUUACAGAGUAAUUCAGUCCCCAUAACAUUUCAAAGUAUCUUUGUGUACGUGGGUUUUCUGUCUUUGUUUGUCUUUGUGUAUAUGUGUCUAUGUGUGUGUGAGAGAGAUAUUUAGUUUCUAUUUCAUGGUAUGUUUUUAAUGUACUGUAACUGUAAUAAUUGUAGGACAUAAAUAAAUUCUAUGAUAUGGUAAUAAAUCUUA